GGGAACAGCUCUAGUCGGGGACAGCACAAAAAAAACCGGCAUUGUCGCGAGAUAUUGGAGAUAACGGUGACCGACGUCUGGUCACCCUCAGGCUAAAUAUUAGCCAUUUCACCAAGCGUCUUUUAAGACUGUGUUUGACUUUGUUCUGGAUAAGACACAUUUGCCACCUCUGGCAAAAUCAGUUUCACUUUAAAAAAUUGACUGAUUUUACAUGAAAAAUUGAAACAUGAAAUUAUUAAAUUCAGAUGAGUUAAAAAUAGCAGAGACUACUUUAUAUGCGCAUCUGCCUAAAUCCAUAAAGGUUUAUGGGUUUGUUUUUGCUAUAAACAGACGGAAACCACACACGUUGGAAGUAUUGGUGGAUAAGUGGCCAGCUUUUACCACUAUCAUUGUUCGACCAGAUCCAAAUAAUAAUCGAGCAAAGGACUUUAUGAAGAAGGUGACUCUUUACAGUACAGAUGAAGAAGUCCUGAGAAGAAUGCUGACUGUGGAAAAUGCAAUUGACUGGAGCACAUACUUCUUAAUAGGAGGAUGUGAUCUACGUCAUUCACCAAUGCUGGAGGAAAUUGCUGCUUCUCGGGGUGUCAAUAUGAAAGGUUUCUCCUUAGUGCACCUAAUGAUAUUAUCUGAUCCCGGUAAUUUACCGGAGCUCAUUACCAGUGACCUUGAGACCAGAGUGUCUGUCCUGAAUGAGUCACAUGCCAAUGUAGUUAACAAGACUUGGAAAUUUGGUGGGGAUGACAAAGGUUACAGGAACAUCCUGAAUCUCAUCAGCCAUUUCCCCACAUGCUGCAUUACAGAUGAGAACAACCAGCCUGUGUCCUGGGUACUGUUGUAUGAUUACUGUGCCAUUGGAAUGUUAUACACUCUACCAGAGCACCGUGGGAAGGGAUAUGCCAAAACCCUGGUCACUACAAUGGCAAAGAAGCUCCAUUCUCAGGGCUAUCCUGUUUACUGUUUCAUUGAAGAAAGCAAUCAGCUUUCCUACAAACUUUUUACAAGCCUUGGUUUUAUUGAGGACUGCUCUUAUAGGGCUGCCUGGUACGAAUUCAUUUGUUAGAAUGUAUACUCACUAUUACCGGUACUCCUAUAUGUGACUGAAAAAACCUUCCUUGAAUGUCAGCAUGAAA